CCAGCUCAGAGCCGUUCGCGCCGGUGUGUGUUUGGACCUGACGGGGCUGGAACGGAACUGAGCCGCGGGAGAAGCCAAUGCGCGAGAGCUCGAGGAGAGAAACGCUGUCAUCUAGAGUGGCGGGUGACAGGUUGCGUGUGGACUGGAGCCCAAGGAGUUCCUGCUCUGACCUGGCGCUCUUGGGCAACACACGGACCAGUUUGGCGCGCGGCCUGGGCACGACAUUUGGGCGCUCGGACCGUUACCUCAAGGUAAAUGUUGAGGACAGCAACGACAUGUUACCUAAAUCCAGACGAGCUCUCACCAUUCAAGAGAUCGCAGCGCUGGCGAGGUCUUCACUUCACGGUAUCUCGCAGGUGGUCAAAGAUCAUGUGACGAAGCCCACGGCAAUGGCGCAUGGCCGCGUGGCUCACCUGAUCGAGUGGAAGGGCUGGUGUAAACCCACCGACACGCCCAGCACCCUUGAGUCACACCUCACGUCAUACUCUCAUCUGUCCGAGGGCGAGCAGGAGGCGCGAUUCGCUGCAGGAGUGGCAGAGCAGUUUGCCAUCGCAGAAGCAAAGCUUCGCGCCUGGUCUUCAGUGGACGGUGACGAGUCUAAUGACGAUUCUUAUGAUGAAGAUUUUCUGCCUGCAAAUGAGCCCGUUACACAGAGCACAGAUCUGUCCACGUACCCUCAUUACCUGCGGGAUCUCUUGCACACUCAGGUGUGUCAGGCUCACCUGCGGGGGCAUGGCCUGUGUGAGGCCGAGAGCGGCGUGGGCACUGACCUUUCACCUCCCGUGGGGUCGCCGGGGUCGCCGUCGGACACACUCUGCUCCAGCAUGUGCAGUUUGGACGAGAGACACCCGCUGCUGCGACCGGGGCCCGCCGCCGACCUCACUGCCAAGAUCCUCGGCGCUCUUCAGGGAGGGGAGGAGCUACUGUUAGCCCGCCUACACAGUGCGGGGCACAGGCGAGGCCACUCCCCCUGUUGCUUGGAAACGUUUUCCGAGACAUUCGAAGACGAAGACACGCCUUGUAAGGACUGCGGAGGCGGAGUCUGCCUUCCGCCGGAAUAUUCCGCACGCAGGAAGGUAUCGGACGUGGCUUCGUCCGGCGUUGUUUCGCUCGACGAGGAAGAAGAACGAGAAGAACAGUGACGCCCCUCAGCCAGACGUGCAUGUUUAUUUCGGACUCCGCCCACUAAUUUUCAUUUAGACUCCGCCUGUUGAUUUGCAUUUUGGACUCCGCCCACUUAUUCGCAUUUUGGGCGCCAGUUGCUCUCGUUUUAAUUCUGUAUUUUCGAAAACACUGAAACUUUCGUUCUCAGGCUCACGUAAAAAAUGCAUCUUGAACUUAACGGAGGAACGCAAGGCUGACGUCGACCUCAUUAUCAUGCAUGUGUCGCAAGUGCCGAACUGAACGAAGUCCUAGACGUUUGGAUCUGGACGUCCAGCAGCUGUUUAGCACAGUUUGUGGAUUUGGCUGUUGUGUAACCCUGCUCCUCAUGUGACGUCAGGCCCCAUUGCAUUCUGGGUCUUUAUCACAUGACCCCUGUUCCCUGGUCCCCGGUUGGCAUGGCUUGCUGAUUACGUCAAAAACUCACGAAGCGCGAAUGCCGAAUGUUUAUACCGUGAUGUUUCAAAACAUAGAAUGCGUAAGAAUACUGAUGAUCAAGUUAUGCUGUUUUUCUAUUAUUAUUAUUAUUAUUAUUAUUAUUA